UGUUCUCGGAAUUCGGAACUAUCAUGGCCGCUGGAGGGGUCGUCUCGGCGACGUAUCAAUACCAGCAGCUGCAGGACAAGUUAGAAGAGCUUACAACGUGUCCAAUAUGUAAAGAACGCUUUAAACAGCCUAAAAUCCUCAGUUGUCACCAUACUUUCUGUUUUCAAUGUCUACAGAGCUAUUUUAUGCAGACCCCAGAGGAAAGUUCGCCAUGUCCUCUUUGUCGCUGUUUGUUUUUCCCGCCAAAAGGUGACGUUUCCAAUUUGCCAACAAGCACAUUCAUGCAAGAUGUAGUAAUGAUGAUAGAGAGAAAAAGUCCAAUAAUGAAGAAACAUUGCACGGUCUGUAAAACUACCAAAAACGCAGGAUACAUGUGCGUAGAAUGUGACGUUCAAAUGUGUGAAUCGUGUAAGGACACGCAUGAAACAUUCCGAAAGGACUCUCAUAACCUUUUACGGUUAGAUGAAAUAGAAGCCGUUCCGAUAAUAUCCGUGAUUGCCGGAAAGAAAACAAGUCGAAAAUGCGACAAACACAGUGGUCAGAUUUUGGAACAUCUCUGUUUGUCUUGUAAUAUACCGAUGUGUUCCGAAUGCAAAACUACCAGUCAUUCUCAACAUAGGACACAGAACAUAAAUCACGCGGCAGAGGAAACCCGAAAUUUUAUCCGGUUGAUACAAAAGAGCUCCAAUCCAGAUGUCAAUCGUCUGACAGAAACUAUAACCGACAUCAAAUCCUUAUCGACGUCCAUACAAAUUUCGACGGACGCCAUGAAAGACGAGGUUAGGACGAUGGCCGACUUGUUGGUGAAAAUGGUCCGCGAGAAAGAGAGGAAGAUGCUCCAUAAUAUAGAAACAGACGUCGUGCUGCGACAGAAGGAACUUAAGUCGAUAGAGGACGCGACAGAGUUUCGUCUGACCAGUUUAUUCACUUUCUUGGACUAUGUGAAGUCCCUGGAAACGUUCGGAGAUGUGACCCAACUGUCGGUUGCGAAGCAAACCAUACAGAAACGGUUAGAAGAGAAUAAAGAACAGACCGUCCCGACUCUUCCGGAGUCGUGUCGAUGUAACCGGACAUUUAAACGUUCUCACAUUUUUGAAAGUAUCCUACAUUCGGAAGACCUCGGAAGUAUUGAAUCGAUUGUACCGACUGCGCAACGAAAACCUCCUCCUAUACCACCGCGUGUUGCCAACAAAUUCAAACCCCCUCCAUCGACAAGUUCUACUCCUGAUCAACUUCCAGUGAUUCCACAACGAGAUCCGAGACCAGCAGACGAAACGUCCGUAAAGCACGUGAUGGAGAGUGACAAUGAAUACACGAACCCUAAGGAAUAUAUCUGGAGAGAAGCAAGUAUUGACAACCCUCCGCCUGCUGUAUCAUCGAAGGAACACAACAAAAUUGUUACCCAGAAAUCCCGGCCUCUUCCUCCACCCCCCAAACCACAUACACGGUAUAGAAUGUCUAUGAGUAUGGCAGGAUCGGAGUAUUUAAAAGUUACCUCAGAAUGUCAGAAACAGCGUAUUAGGCGAACAAUGAGCGAUUCCCAGUUAUUAGACGAAACCGAGGUCAAAUCCAUUCAGUCGCCUCCAGGCAUAGAGAAUGACGGAGUUUCCUUUAAUGCCAAAGUGAAGAUUUCCGGGUUGGCUGUGACAAGGAAAGAUGACGUCGUAGUCGUCAGCAACAACAGUAAGAAAUGUCUGGUGUUUGACAAGCUGGGCAAUCUCAAGAAUGAAAUAUCUGACAGACUGGUCAGUCCUUGGGACGCUGCGGUCAAUAUUACAGAGGACGACCUCAAGGAAGUCGUCUACCUCACCGAUACAGGUGAACGAUCAGGAGACGGAGACGUGAAGGAGUAUAGACUAGACGGAACCUUCGUUCGGAUAUUGGUGAGACAAUUACGGAAACCUCACGGAAUCACCACAUCUACAGACGGUGACGUCAUCUACGUUUGUGACGCUGAGGACAGCAGCAUCAUCGUCUUGCAAUCACGACGGAGAGGUCAAAGACCGCGAAAAAUCAAACAGAACAUGCUGGGCAAAAACUUCUUUACCUGCCCUUGGUACAUUUCCUUGACGACAGAUGGCGAAAUCGUCGUUUCUGAUUUUAAUGCUGGAAAAUUGGUUGGUAUAAACAAAGAUACUGAAAGAAAGAAGAAAUCAUACAAGCCAGAGAAUUCCAGAAAUGCGUUAGGAUUCCGUCCAGCUAUGAGUUGUGUGGACUCCGAGUCCAACAUCUUUGUUGUGGAUCAGAUCAGUAACUGUAUCUAUGUGUGGACAGCCCGCCAAGCUCCCGUGAAGAUAGCAAUCCCAUCCAGCAUUGACAUCAAGCGCCCAGUAGCUCUUGCCUUCGACUCAUCCGGGGCCUUGUGGAUUGGUUCCCGUAGUGGAGUGCUUGUCCGUGCACACAUUCAUAAUCUAUGAUACGAGACAUUACGAGAACUGAUUUGAAUAAUUAGUUUUAAUUAUCGGUAUUGAAAUGGUUUCUCCUUAGUGUUAUUACUGAUAUUUGUGUUUAAAUGGGCAUGCCUUCGUUCGGGCCGCGGUGGCCGAGUGGUUAAGGUGUAUCGACACUUUAACACUAGCCCUCCACCACUGGGUUGCAAGUU